GCAACUUCUUUCGUAUCUUUCCUUACUUUUCCUAAAUAACACAUUUUUCUUUUUAACAUACCCAGAAUUAAAUUAUAAAAAAUGAAGUUCUUUCACAUUUACGUUAUUGUUCUCUUAACUCUCUCAGCUAAUGAAGUUUUAUCAGGUUUUUGUAAUCAUAAAAAAUUAAGUGAUGGUACACAAAAUCGUGACGGAUCUUGUUCUAAUACCAUCCAAGGAGAUAUUCCAUCUGUUAAACAAAUGACUUCAACAUUUAUCACUUCCCCAAGGAAUGAAGAAGUUUUGGAAGCUAAUAAACCAUUUAGCGUUGAUAUUUUAAUUAGUCAUUUGGAAACUGGGCACUUUAGUGAUCCAGAAAAAGAAUAUUACACUAAACCACAAUCACUUAAUCGUAAUGGUGUAAUAGAAGGUCAUACACAUGUUACUAUUCAAGAACUUUUAGAUAACCCUUUCCCUCCAAAUGCCGAAAAUUUUGUGUUCUUUGAAGGAGUAAAUGUAAAAGCCAAAAGGGGUCAUUUAUCCGUUGAUGUCGUUAGGAAGGAUGGCACUCCAGGUUUACCUGCUGGUAGAUUUAGAAUUUGUACCUUGUCUGCUUCUCUCAGUCAUCAGCCUCUUCUUAUGCCGAUCGCUAAAAGAGGUAAGAAAGUUAAUUUUUUAUUUUUUUUAAAAAAACUAGUUAUUUAAAAAGCUUAAAAUAUAGGUGCUCAAGACGAUUGCAUAAGAAUUGCAGUUACAGGAAAAGGAAAAGGAAAAGGAAAAGGAAAAGGCGAAAAAGGAAAAGGAAAA